AUGGCUGCGUCAUCAUCUUCGUCUGGAGUUCGAAACUCUCUAAUCAAAAAGCUGGACAACUUCGAGGCUCAGCUGUCGAGUUUGGAGGACCAUCUGAAACCAUUGAUGGAUACCGACUAUGAGGAGCUCAUGUCGAAGAUGACACCAUUGGAGCAGAGCGAGUUAAAUGUUUCGCUCGCUUUCACCACGGCCUCGCUUUACUGGAUGUUCCUCAAGACGCAAGGCACUGAUGUGAAGACGCAUAAAAUCAAGGACGAAAUCGAGCGGGUCAAGUCCUACAUGGCACGUUUAAAGAAGGCUUCGGAACAGGAGGAUGCAAAAACUCGCAAGCGUGAUGUAGUCUUGAACAAGGAUGCUGCCGAACGCAUUGUAAAGGCCCACACUACUGAGUCAACAGUCCGGACUAGUGGCAAACGGAGAGCUGAGGAGAGCAGCCAGGAGGAGGGGCCCAAGACAGACUCGGAAGAACGGACCAAAAGGAGCAAGAAAAGUGUGUGA